GGAAGGCGUUGAGAUGACUCGAGUUCAAAAGGUGUAGUCUGGCCAUUACAUUAGAAUGCCGAGUUAUCGUAAUAAUUUAUCAAGGUAUUUCUUGUUGCUAUAUUUUCUGUGUCUGAGUUCUAUAUUAGCGCUCGAUGUUAGAUCUGGACCUCGACAGAAGGUCAAUCUUUUGCCGUCAAGUGCGCCCUGUCAUGUGUCUAAAUAUGGCACUAGUUCGUGGUCGCUGGCACUGAUACCUUUCGGUAGCGGGGGUAACUCCGGACCAGAUAAGGACUCAAAAUCAGUUAAGGAAGGCUUCAGCGGGUGGCCUUGGUCCAAGAAGAAGGAUGAUUUACCAUCUGGAGGGAAUCCGCAUAGCCAUGAGGACAGCUCCGAGCCGACAUUACCUGAAAGCGAUACCGUAGAGCGUAUUAGCAAGGGACCCAGUCAGAGGAUAUUGGAAGGUCUGAUACCUAACCUAUUUGUAUUAUCCGGUGUGUUUGAUGGUAACAGCAGCAUAGAAAUACGCAUGGGCAAGGAACCUGCUAACAAACUGGGUGUUGCAGAGGGCAACUUAGUCCGUGUCCGUGGUAAGAAACGCUGUGACACGGUAUGUGUAGUGGGCAUAGACCCUAACAUAACUGACAACCAAGUUCUUAUACAUUCUGACACCCGUCGUAACCUGAAGCUGCGUACUGGCGACGUCAUGUCCAUAGAUCUCAUUUCUGAUAUCCCACCUGCCAAAUUGGUAAAGCUAAUGCCAUUUGAGGACAGUGUCGGGCCGAUACUAGCUCAGAUGCCGCAGACUCUGCGGCACACGUUCCCCAAGAUGCUAAUGAAGGUAAUUCUUGACUUCUUCAGUCGCGAGAUAGCAUUGGGACGCAGGCGUCCUGUUCGACUGGGUGACCACAUGACCCUGCAGUUGAAGUUCCAGGACUCCACAAAAUCGUCGCUCGUGUUGCUCCCUAACGACCACAACGAGACCAACAGCUUCGUUGUUGAGUUAAAGAUCAUGUCUAUUAAAUCCUAUAAAGACGACUACCGGGGUAUAAUGGACGUUGAAUCUGGAUUGAUAUCCGGUGAGAGUGUCCUUGACUGCAGCGGUCCUUCCUUAACUCGUGAACAGCAUGACGCAUCUUAUGGUGAACUCGGUUAUGACGAGAUUGGUGGUAUGGACAAGCAGCUAUCCAAGAUUAGGGAGCUCAUAGAGCUGCCGCUGUUACACCCUGAGGUGUACAAGGCUGUUGGCAUAUCACCUCCUAAGGGUGUGAUACUGCAUGGCCCUCCGGGUACUGGUAAGACCCUGAUUGCCAGGGCAAUAGCUUCAGAGACCGGUGCCCACUGUGUUGUUAUCAACGGUCCAGAGAUCAUGUCAAAGCACGUUGGCGAGUCGGAGGCCAAAUUGCGCCGUGCAUUUGAGAAAGCUUCGAAAAACUCGCCCGCAAUUAUAUUCAUUGACGAGAUAGACUCGAUAGCAACUAAGCGUGAGAAGAGUCCUAGCGAGCUGGAGCGACGUAUCGUCAGCCAGCUUCUAACGCUGAUGGAUGGCAUUGAACCCAGUAAGAACGUAGUUGUGCUGGCAGCUACGAAUCGCAUUAAUUCGAUAGACACCGCGUUGCGCAGGUUCGGCAGGUUUGAUCGUGAGAUUGAGAUAGCCGCCUGCGACGAGGAGGAGCGGUAUGAAAUACUAAAGAUAAAAACUCGCGGUAUGCGCUUAAGUCCUGAUAUAUCCCUGAAGAAAAUCGCAGGCGAGUGCCAUGGCUAUGUUGGUGCCGACAUAGCACAACUCUGCUUUGAGGCUGCCAUGUGCUGCAUUCGUGAAAAUUUAGCUUCUAUGGACAUGCUCCAGUUUGAGGACAAGGUAUCUCCUGAGGUCCUCAACAAGCUAGUUAUUCAAAAUCGCCAUUUCGCGGAGGCCUUGCGCAUAUGCAACCCAUCGACCCUCCGGGAACGCCGUGUACAAAUUCCGGAGACUACCUGGGAGGAUAUAGGGGGUCUUGAGGACGUCAAAAAGGAACUCAUCGAGACAGUCCAGUAUCCCGUUGAGCACCCUGAGAAAUUCCGUAAAUUCGGUCAAGCUUCUAGUAAAGGUGUAUUGUUCUACGGCCCUCCAGGCUGUGGUAAGACUUUGUUGGCCAAAGCAAUAGCACAUGAAUGCAAUGCCAACUUCAUAUCAAUCAAGGGUCCCGAACUACUGACCAUGUGGUUUGGUGAGUCCGAAGCGAAUGUACGUGAACUGUUUGACAAGGCUCGCGCUGCUGCGCCGUGUAUACUCUUUUUCGAUGAGAUCGACUCCAUAGCUAAGACUAGGGGCGGUCCCGGUGGAGGCAGCAGCAGCGGCUCCGAGGCUGCAGAUCGUGUGAUUAACCAGAUUCUCACGGAAAUCGAUGGUGUGAAUGUAAAGAAGCCUAUAUUCAUUAUCGCGGCUACUAAUAGACCAGAUAUAUUGGACCCGGCUAUUUGCAGGCCUGGGAGGCUCGACCAGCUGAUUUACAUAUCGCUACCCGAUUUGAAGAGUAGAGAAAGUAUCUUCAAGGCCGCUUUGAAGAACUCGCCGUUGGCCCCCGACGUCAACAUACGCAGGAUGGCAGAGGAACUGGAGGGGUACUCUGGAGCGGACAUUGCGGAAAUAUGCCACAGGGCCGCCAGGGAGGCCAUCAGGGAGAGCAUUGAGCACGAGAUUAAGCGAGGCCGCCGUUUAAAGGAGGGUGAGGAGGACCCGGUGCCGUAUAUAACUAACGAGCACUUCAGGGUUGCCAUGGCCAAUGCCAGGAAGUCCGUCCGCAAGGAGGACAUUAAAAGGUAUGAACAGUUUAAGAAAAAACUUGCUUCUAGCACUGGUUAAG